CCUCUUCAAUAGAGCCGGACAUUCCCUUUCUUCGUCAAAUUGAUUACGAUCUCGCUUGAUACCAUAGGAGAAUUCAGGGGUCUGCUGAACUAGUCCCAAAGUAUGACGGCGAGCAACAUUCAGCAAAAAGUCAUCUCAAUGAGUCCAACCAAACUGUGGUCAUGUAAAACGGAUGUUGACAUGUUGCAAACAUGAAGUGACUUCUCUCAGAUGAUAAGGACCAAUGCAGUCGACUGAUUUUCGCCUCUCUGGGCAGUCUUUCAUACGACUGCAUCAUGCUUUUUCCUGUGUACAAUAGCGGGCAGCGCAUCUAGUGCAACGCCUUAGCUUCUCCCCACAUUCCGACUGAGUAUAUAGAUCUCCCAGGACUCUCGAAAUCGAAUGCCGGCUACAUUAAUAGGCGGUAUACAAUCCUGUUUUCGGGUCAUCAUCGAUCCACAAUGCCGUCGGUUCAUCUGGUAGCGGCGAUACUGUUGGCCAUUGUCGGCUACAUGGUCAAGAUCUUGCUGGCUGCUCAGCGAUCGUCUCUUUCCAAACUGCCUGGCACGUGGCAUUCCAGAUACACCGACCUCGUUUUGCGUUUCUACACUCUAUCAGGUCGCCGAAUCUUCUACGUGGACGGUCUACAUCAAACAUAUGGCGACGUCAUCCGAAUUACCCCUGACCAAGUAGCUGUCGCAGACAUUGUUGGCGUGUCGCAGAUUCACAAAAUUGGCUCUGGGUUCCUGAAGUCGAACUUCUACAUGGAUCUCACUCCUACGCGCGAGCCUGGCAUCUUUGCCAUGCAGAAUGCUCAUGAUCACGCUGCACGACGGAAGCUUUUCGCCCGAGCAUUCAGUAACUCUGCAUUGAAAACAAACUGGGAAGCCGAGAUCAGGCGCAAGACUACUCUUGCUGUUAGUCGAAUCAAGGAUGACGCGACGCAACGAGGAAAGGGAGCUGAUGUGCUAAAAUGGUGGACGUUAAUGGCCACGGAUGUGAUCACCCAUCUGAGCUUCGGUGAUAGCUUUGGUAUGCUCGAGCAAGGCAAACAAACGUCCUACAUUGAUGCACUUCAGGCAGCCCUGCUUGGUGGUGUACUUCGCGCUGAGUUUCCGCUCAUGUAUACCAUUCUUCGAUUCAUUCCUCUGAAAGGAGUACAGAGAAUGGUCACCGCUGACGAUAUGGUAUACGAGCACGGCGCUGUCGCUAUCCAUAACAUGCGCGAUGGUCAGGGCAAUAACAUGAACCUGUUUGGUCAAAUGCUGGCCGCGAGUGAUGAUUACGAGAAAGUCGGGCUCACAGACAAGGCAGUGAGAGAGGAAGCUGGAAACCUUAUUGUAGCCGGGUCAGAUACCACCGCUGUGACUCUUACAUACCUAGUCUACGCCGUUCUCAAAGAUCCAGAACUGCAAGCUCGCUUGGAACAAGAGGUAGUCGGGCUCAGCGAUCAGCUGAACAUGACCGAGCUGGAAAGCGCACCUGUGCUCAACAGUGUGAUCGAGGAGACCUUGAGGCUAUACGGAGCUGCGCCUGGAGCCCUACCGCGCAUCGUACCAAGUCAAGGUUUCGACGUUGCUGGCUAUCGAAUUCCCCCUGGGAUAGAGGUCAGCACACAAGCUUACACACUCCAUCGGGACCCCAGAAUCUUCCAGGAGCCGCUCCGCUUCGACAGCAAUCGUUUUAUGGACAAAUCGAAGCUUUCUACACAACAGAAGGCUGCAUAUAUGCCUUUCGGAGCCGGGUCGCGAACAUGCCUUGGUAUUCAUCUCGCGUACUUGGAGCUCCGUCUCGCAACAGCCAUGUUUUUCAGGGACUGCCGUGGAGCAAGAUUGAGCGAUUGUAUGCGGGACGAGAUGAUGGAGAUGGACAAUCGCUUCUUAAUCGCCCCAAAGGGUCGGCAACAACUGCGACAGUAA